UUAUCCUUUUUCAGUGACAAACCUACGCACGCUCUCUUAACGUGCGCACCCCAAACCCGACCGCAGCCAUGGUCACUCCCAAGAAACCCCACGUCGCGAUCUUCGCAUUCCCCUUUGGAACCCACGCCGCUCCUCUCCUCUCCCUCUCCCACCGGCUCGCCGCUAACGCCGCGGACGCCAGCUUCUCCUUCUUCAGCACCCCCAAAUCCAACGGCUCUAUUUCGUCGAUCGUCGCCGCAUCCGGCCCCCUCCCUAAUCUCAAGUUCUACGACGUGUCGGACGGUCUGCCUGAGAACUACGUCCCUCUCGGUAAUCCGCUGGAGGCCAUCGAGCGGUUCUUGAAGGCGACGCCAGGGAAUUUCGCAGAGGCGUUGGAGGCUGUGGUGAAAGAGAUCGGGGAGGUGACCUGCGUGCUCACCGAUUCGUUUCUGUGGUUCGCGGCAGAUAUGGCGGAGGAGAGGGGCGUACCGUGGGUCCCGGUUUGGACAAGCGGAUCUUUUAGUCUCGCGGCGCAUUUUUAUACGGAGCUCCUCCGGCGCAAGUUAGGGACCGGACCAGAUGUCGUGGCGACGCGGCGAGACGAGCCACUGGAUUUCGUCCCGGGCUACUCCGCAAUGCGAGUAUGUGACCUUCCCGAAGGAGUGGUCUUCGGCGACCUGAAUUCCCUCUUCUCGUCUCUCCUCCACCGCAUGGGCAAGCAGUUGACACGUGGUAGGGCCGUGGCCAUCAACACCUUCAACGGCCUAGAUUCCACCAACCUAAACGACCUCAAGUCCAAACUCCCUACCUGUCUACCCGUCGGUCCUCUCUACCUCAUGUCCCCUUUAUUACAACAGACCGAUCCUCACGCCUCCCUCACGUGGCUCGACCGCUUCACCCAUCAUCCUUCCUCCGUCACCUACAUUAGCUUCAGCUCCAUGAUGACACCUCCGCCCGCAGAACUGGUAGCCCUGGCCGAGGGUCUCGAGGCCAGUGGGACCCCCUUUCUGUGGUCCCUACCGGAGAAGGCGAGGGAAAUGUUGCCAGCUGGAUUCCUGGAUCGGACGGCUGGGAGAGGCCUCGUCGUCCCAUGGACACCGCAGCCGGCGGUUCUAUGCCACGUGGCGGUGGGAGCGUUCGUGACCCACUGCGGGUGGAACUCAUUGUUGGAGAGCAUCACGGGCUCGGUGCCGAUGAUCUGCCGUCCGCUUUUCGGGGACCAAAUGUUGAACGCUCGGAUGGUGUCGCACGUGUGGCGGAUCGGGAUGGUGGUGGACGGUGGGGUGCUGACGAGGGAUAGGGUGGUGGGGUCCAUCGAGCUGGUGUUGAGGAAGGACGAAGGGAAGGGAAUGAGAGAGAGGGCUCGCGCGCUGAGUGAGAUGGCUAAGGAAGCGGUUGGAAAUGGCGGGAGUUCUGUGGAGAGUUUCAAUAAGCUUUUGGAAAUAAUAGUCUCUGGUCGUUGAAAGGGUUUUUCUCUUGAUUGAUAUUUUCUUAAGGGAUGAAAAUUAGUUUAUUUUUUUAUAUGUUCAUUAGAACUUUAAGAGUUUGAGAUACUUGAAUUUUAUGCCUGUGUGUAAGUGGACUAUUGAGUGUUUUCUACUUAAGGCUAAGACUCCUUUACUUCUUGUUGUCCUAUUCACACGUGGCUCUUAUAUACACUAGUAAAAUGUAAGUGCCAUGCACGUGAGAGUAUUUCGGCGUGACCUGUUGGAAAAAAUGCGUUGGUUAUAUUGGAAAAUAAAAAUAAAAUGAAAUAAAAUUUAAUUAUUUUGUUUCA